AUAGUUACAUUGUGGAGGGCUGUCCUGUGUAUUGUAGGAUGUUUAGCAGCAUCCCUGGCCUCUACCCACUGGAUGUCAGUAGCCCCCCAGCAAGUGACAACCAAAACUGUGCCCAUACAGUCUCUGAUGUCUGGUGCAAGCUCACCCCUGCUCAAGCACCAACUAAUGUGUGCUAAUCUCUAAUAUCCGCUAACACAUGAAAUCCUUUACCACCUAGUGUGUGAAAAGAAACAUUGUCAAUGGGAAAACGGCUUUUAAUUAAUCAACACAUUGGUUUACUAGUAAAAGCAUAGGGGUGAUCUACUUAUUACUGCCUAUAGCUCACCAGCAGAAGACUGUUCUGGAGGAUUCUUUACCUACAAACCAGAAUGACACCCACUCGUUAUGCUGCAGAUGUGAGAAAUUCUGUAGACAUUUGAAAGAAAAAGACAUUAUAAGAAAUCAGUACACGGUGGCAUGAGACCGUCCAAUCUCAUGCUGUGAUCACCUGAAGACAUACGUUAGUGUCAGGUACAAAAGCCGAAGCCCUCGUGGCCCCCCUGCCUAGAAGCCAAGCGUCUGGGACCUGCAGUGGGAGCUGGAGGUUCCCCUGUCCUCAGCGGCGGGCACCCGGGGCAGUCGCUGUGUCCGCGGGGCCCUGGCCUGGCUCGUGCCGGACCCGUGUCCAGAGCGUUCCCCACGUGAGACUCCAUGUGCCGCCCUCGCGCCCUGAUACCAACAGUCGCUCUUAGACCUGCGAGUUCCCCGUCUGCCGACACUUGGGGCACUUGUGAAGGCCGGAUUUCCCCGUCAAAGGCCCCAACCCCGCUGCACCGCGAACAUGGGCAGCUACCUGGGCAGAGCCAAGGCCACGCUGCCACGCCCCUCUUGGAGGCGCCAGUCCCUGCGGCCCAGGCCAGCCCACCGCCCCCUGGGCCUGGUUCAGAGCCAAGUCAUCUCCAUUCACGGGGAGCGCUGGAUCGGGAGCCGGCCCCGCCCCACCUGGACCACCCCAGAGUCCAGAGGGCGAUAGUCCCCAAGGCCUGGAGGCGCUUUCACAGCAAGUCACCCCUCCACACCUUCCUGGGGUUGGAUUUCUCUAGCAACCGCAAGAGUUUCAUGAAGCAGUGGCUUUGGAAAGCCCAGAACCUCCUAAGCAUCUGCAACAUGGUGACCAUCAAAAUCACUCCUCCUGAGCGCAGUGGGAGCUUCAACAGGGGUCCACCCAUCCCGGAGCAGCUGGACUGCUGUGCCAAGGAGACCCGGCUGAGGGCUCGGAGCCCAUGCAGGAAAAGAAAGAGGAUCCACAGACCUCUCCAGUUUGAAGCCACCCCCACGAAGAGAAGGAGGCCGAGCCCAGGGGCCAGGCCAUCUGCCUUCAAGCCUGUGUGGAAAGAUGGAGUGGUCCCUUCCUUUGUGCCCAGGCCGGGGCCUCUGAGAAGGGGCCUCUGCUCCUGGCAUCCUGGUGACGGAGCGGACGCCCACCCCGGGCCUGACCUGCUGCCAGACCACCGCAGAGUCCCAGGCCUCGACUGAAGAGCUGAUGAUCAGCACUCCCCAGGGCCUGGGCCCUCCUGCAGCCUGGGGUCCCCCUUGACUCCUCAGCCAGAGCCCUACCCCCACCACUUCCUGAGACUCAAAGCCACAGUUCUUUUACCCUGCUGACCCCUGCUUGACCCCUGCAUGAGUGACUGACCCCACCAGUCAGCCCUCACCACCCCAGCAUGCAGCCCCUCCAAGCACCCAGACCCACCUCCCCUCACCCUGCAGAGUCCACACUGAAGAAGCACCGUUGCUUUCAAAACCUCUGCCUUCCUCCUGCCCACCCACUCCUCCUGCCUUUUCCCUGGAAACACUCUGAGCAGGAAGGCAUGCUUCUCCCCUAUAUUCCCAGUUUCUAGAGUGAAAACUGGUGUUCUUAUUUUUAAAAUAAUAACGAAC